CGCCAGAUCUCCCGGUCGAUUCUUGUCUAGAUGCGGCAACGCACCAUCCUCACCGAUGGUCAAAGCGAGGACGAAUACAGCACAUUUUUUCUUUGUCACAACCUUUUGCAGCGUCGCCUAGUUAUGGUAUUACCUCGUGCGCUAUUUUAACACCAUGAGGCUACGCUGGCAUCGACAAAGCUCUGAUGCCACAAAGAUGCUCGCCAUAUCCUAACCUUUUAUCUUUGUCGUCGUCCCAGCUCUAUAUAUAAUGCUCGUCAACUCCAAUGGAUACCUCAAUAUUCUCCCAUCUCACCCACGACAGAUAUUCACUGCAUAAUCCCUUCGUCAACGCUAGCUGGUCUUUCAACAAUCGAUCCGUACGAUGUCUCGGUAUCCUCAGCCAAACUACCAACUCGUCGAACCCACACAGAACUUUAUUCCGCGGAACUCUAUUCCCCAUGAUAUAUGUUCUUUUCAUGACAAUACACUGUUCCCUUGUAAAUCAUCGACAAUGACCGCCAUCAAUCAAGACAUUGAACGAGAUUUCAUCAGAGCGGGAUAUUGGGCGGACUUGGAGCCAACCGACCAUUCGAUAGGCGAGUUCGUCCUGGUACGAAAGCCAUUCCGUGACACAACCACAAAGGGACCACUUUGGGGGCCUUGGGUUCGCGCACAAGUCAUGGGACGCGGCGCUCAGACCUCAAUCCUUGGACUGAGUGUGGCCUGGUACCAUGUUCGUCUUGGGGGUCCUACGACGUCUGGCGAGAGCCUUGUCGUCUUUCCUGGUCUUGAAGAGAUCAAAAAGUCUUCCUCAACAAGGGAGCCUCAAAGGCCGACUGCGGACGAGGCUCUCCAGGCCAUAAAUGAGUUGACUACUGUGCUCGUACCAGAGUAUGUAUUAAAUCCCACAAGGAAUGUUUGGUACUGGGAGUGGACCCCUGCCACGAUCAUUUCAUAUCCCGAUGACCCUGUUAUCAGGGUCUUCUUCCAAGGAUCGUCACAAGCCGCCAAAAGACACUGGCACCACGUUCCAGACGGACCACUUAAUUCUGUUGUCAACGGACAUACUCUGCCCAGAACACUGCAUCGGGAUUGGGCGUAUCUAGAUGAAGUACGAUCAACACGAUAUCGUACUCCCGAGUUCGAAUCUUAUCCUGUGCACCCUGGAACUUUCCCUAUUCAUGCAAUCUGGGUAGCUCCCAUGACGAGGGGUACUUGUAUUAUAUUAGAGAGGCAUAAGCAGGCCUUGGCACGUCAGGUACCACGUUUUUGAGCUCUCCGUUAAGUAGUAGAAUUAUGGGCGAGCGUGACUCAAGGGGCUCGGGAGGCGGCUGGUAUGGGCUUGCUCAUUUGA